AUUUUAAUAGUUAUAAAUUACAACUUUUUAACUUGUAACUUAUAACUUAUAAAAUAUUAUUAUUAUGAUGUCAUUAUCAAUAAACCAGAACGUCCAGAACCUUGAUUUGAAUUAAACCGUGGUUUGAUACCAGUCCGAUACAUCAUGCUCAUAAUUAUUUAUAACAAGAUAAUAAUGACAACAACAGUUAUUAACAUAUUAGCAAUUACUGUACCAGAACAGAAUGAAUCAAAUAGGGUGCCAAAAUCACUGCUGGAAAAAGUUCUUUAUCCUAAAACUAAAAUCCAGUCCACAAUAAACCACCAUUCAACUGAACUACAUAAUUCAUUUGGUGUUUCUGGAAAUGUUGGAAUCGGAUUUCAUUUUGGGAGCGGAUAUAGAAUAAAAAACGGUAACGGAAAAGAAGAACAAGAAAUUGUGCACAAAAAAAUUUAUGAUAAGUAUUUGGGUACUAGUUUUGGCUUUGGAUCUUUGGGGAAUAAUAAAAAAGGACAUGUUGAAAAUGUUGAACAAUCAAUUUCGGCGGAUCAAAACUCUAUUUAUCACGAUGAAGUUAAUUUAGUGGAUCAAGAGAAAGAAAAUGAAUUAAUUCCAGUAACAACAGAAACAGCAAAACCAAAGGCUGGAGUCUUUAGAAAAAUCAGUAACUAUUGGACAGCUGAACAAACAGAACCCAAAAGUGACUAUACCAGCAGCGGUAUUUUUAAAUGGACUAUGCAAAAAUUAAAAAAUAAAAAUAAUGUUGGAACACCUAGAUAAAAAAAAUUAACGUACCUAUUUUUGUAUAAAUCUAUUGUAUUA